AUGGCCUUGCAAGCACUUCGUGACGAGUUGGUCUACUACUAUGGCUACUCUCAAGGACGCAGCUUCUCAAUCAGUGAUCUCUUCUCCAAGACUUCAGCAAAGCUGAUAUCGCAAGCCACAUCUCUAAUGGCUAAGCCAUUACCUUUGCUGUCCUUCCUUGCCGUUCCAUUCUUUGGCUCUUCCUCGACCACUGUCAGUCUCGCUUUCUUCCUCCUGACCUGGGUCACCCUGGUCUCAACUCAUGACCCAUUGUACUUGGAACUGGUUGGUACCUUUGCCGUCAGGAUGAUCUUCUUCGUGCUGCCUAGCAUUGCCGUCCUAGGCUUCGACACUCUGAUACCUAGUCUUUCGGCCAGUAUCAAGACCCGAGGUGCCGCACAGCUCCCAACUCAACUCAGCUCUCGCAGACUCAGAAACGUGAUAUUUGUUUCCAUCUUUAAUGUUGCCUUCUCAGUCUUGGUACAAGGUCUAUGUGACUUUGUGCUGACCGAAGUCUUUAACAUCCGUUCUGCAAUUCGUGUGAGCAAGAUUCCACCCGCCCCGUGGCCGACUAUGGUCAAGGAGGUGCUGUAUGGCCUUGUCUGCCGUGGAUUCUUGCAUUACUUCAUCCAUCGUGAUAUUUUGCAUGCCUCGCCCAGGGAUUCAAUUCUGGCACGUUGGCAUGCCGAUUGGGCACACAGUUUGAGACAUCCUUUCUCUCUUGCCUCUGCUUAUGACCAUCCUGUCUGUCACCUUCUCACCGAUUGGGCUCCGUUGUACCUAUCCACGCUGUUCUUCCGCUUCCAUGUCAUGACAUGGUACAUCCUGACCGCUAUUGUCAGUCUCGAGCAAUUCUUCAUCUACUCUGGCUAUUCAGUGUUGCCAUCGCAGAUCCUGCUGGCUGGUAUGGCGAAGAGGACUGAUUCGCACCAUACAACUGGCGGCAAAGGCAACUAUGGCAACUGGGGAGUGCUAGACUGGGUCUUUAGCACGGGCUGUGCUGGCGAUGCUGAUGUAGUAGAUGAUGUUCAGGAAGAAGCAGAUAGACGAGGUGUUAGACAGCGUGCAGCAAACAUGAUGGAAGGCACCGGAGAUAGGAUUAGGAGAUCCAAUGAUAAGGCACGCAGAAGCCCCUCUCAGGGCAGGAGAAGAAAUCAGAGACAGGCAGCAUAA